AUCAUCUUGAUUCUAUCACUAAACUCUAGUUAUAAUCAACAAUUACCUUGCUUUGGGACACGUCCGCUGACUGGAGCGUGAUAUGUGUUUCCAGGCUAGAACUAUUAGUUUGCAGACAUCAAGAAAAUACUCUCAUAAAACAUAUGCCUUUCUCUAGGUCUCAAGCCAUAUAUCAAAAUGGCGGCGCUCUCUCCGCUUGACAAACUUAUGCCCCGGGGCUACAUCCGCCAAAUGUUUUGCUUCCCCUCGUCACAUGCCGAUGCUGUUGAUACACUCAGAACAGGCUUAAGGGGGGUUGUAAAUCAUGUCCCCUACCUUCUUUCCGGGGUCCUUAUUGGCAAAGACCAAAAACAUAUUUCCUUCAGUAACCCUUACCAAACACUAGAGGACCUCUACUUUAAACAAGACAUUUCAGAUACCAUUGAUUACGCCACUAUCAAAGCACAGGAUUUCCCGCCUUCGGCAUUUACUGCACCGGGGAUCAUACCUCCUGACACGCAGCCCCCGUUUCUGAACCCGGCGCCGGUAUUCCGGGCGAGCGUGUCGCUUGUUAAGGGUGGAUUCAUACUGUGCGUUGCCGUUCAUCAUUGCACAACCGACAUCACUGGAUUCGGGGCCUUGCUUAGGAUAUGGGCCUCUUACUGCCGCACAGGCACGUCUGCAGCGGCUGGAUUUGACCCGUCUUGGCUAGACCGCGGAGCCUUGAUUGAAAGACAUAGUAGCCCCGACGUGACAGCGCCUACUUUUAUGCCUAGGUUGCUCCACGCCCGGGGACCUGACGACUAUGCUAGGCUUGCUGGUCCGGUAUCAUUACUUAAUGAUCUUAGGACCGGCAUAUUUUUCUUCCCGCAAACGAAGCUACAGGCGCUGCAGCAUACUGUGAAUGAGCAUAUCGCUUCUCGGGGGAAUACAGGCUGGGUUUCUUCAGGCGAUAUUCUCACAGCGCUGCUUUGGAGUGCUAUAUUAGCCGCCGAACAAGAAUUGUCCGUCACCGAAUCGGACACAACGACUAACCAAACGGAUACCAGCACAAUAGGUUUCCCCGUGAACUUUCGCUCUCGUUAUAACCCACCCUUACCCGCAAACUACCUCGGUGCCGCCUUUAUGAUGACAGCCGCCACAGCUUUACGGACGGACCUAAUAUCUUUUGCUACAAAGGCAGCCUCUUCUGGUGGCCACGCCCUAUCAGAUCCUAUCUCAACCUCAAAACUAGCCGAGAUUGCUUUCACAAUUCGUGCUUCCCUUAGCAGUGUUGAUGAGCAAAGCGUGCGAGAUGUACUGACAUAUUUAAAUACCGCGUCUAGUGACCAUCCUCCAAUCACGCUGGGGCCGCGCCAUGAUGGCAUAUCAAUCGUCUCGUGGGCCGACCAAGGCGUGUAUGAGUUAGAUUGGGGCGUUGCUAUUGGGAGAUGUGACGCCGUCAGGUUGCCCAAGUUAGCAUCUAAGAGAUACCCUAUCGUUCUACCUAGGAUCCCAAGCAGGACCAACGGCGACGUGGGAGGUUUAGAGGUAAUUGUUAGCUUCGAUAGGCAAGUGUUCUUCAAAUUUGAGCAGAGUUGGCCGAUUAGACAAUUCGCGACCACUCGAUGUCGUUCGUAAAGCAGGAUGUAGUGUUCAUGUACACGCCGAGUUAACCUCGUAAUCUUAUAGAGCCGCAUGCUGAGAACUCAUAUUCACAAUAUAUUUUAUAGAGGUACCUAAAUAUCAUAGUGGGUUUUAACCUACGUUUUGGACAUAUGUAUAUCGCGAGA